AUGGCUGGAAUCUACGUUGACGAGAUAUGCACUGGCAAGAAGAUAGAGCCGGGAUACAUGAAAGGAACUACAGAGCAGUGCAGGGAGUUCAGCGACAAGAGGUCCCAGGAUGACACUUCGUUUCCCGAUCUCGAUCUCUUCGAUAACACCGAAUGGCUUUACGGCGCGGGCAUUCUCGACCAGCCUGAACGUUACGAUGACCCGUCCACACUUCAGUACUUCCCAAAUGAUGGGGGCGAAGUGAUGGAACACGGACACCACUUGCAGAUAAACGCAGAGGAACCACUUUCUGAGAAAAGAUUGAGGUCUGGACCCUUUUUCGUCGACCCAUAA